CCCCAGCCAGUGCAAGCGCGCAGUCCUAAGCGACCCGGUACAGCCGGUGGCGCACAGCAGCAGCACCAGCUCCUAUGACCCCCAGAGAGGGUAGCCAGUAGUGUUGUACCUUAAGCCAUCGAUGGAAACAGGCACCAGCCAUGGAGAAGGACACGACAGCCUAUGUGUGUGAUCUCUUGUAUAUAAAACCUAAGCCACCUCGAGAUACAUCCAGCAGUGCCUCAGUCUCCAUGAGGAACCUAGAAGGUAGAUACAUACUACAGACCUGGGAGAAGUCUGGCUUGGAAGACCUGCUGAGGACUGGGGUGUGAGCUUUUAAGGCCCUGUCUUACUUCAUUCUUACCUAUGUCCUGCACUUCACAAGGAACAGCUUGAUCUAUUGCUAGAACAGCAUUGGGUCAGUUACUACACCCUCCCAAACUUUGGCUCGGUUGGGAUCCCAGUGGUUAGGGCUAGAAGAGAAGUCACCAAGGCCAAGAGGUGAGUGUAGAAGCCACGGGGCCCCAGAAUGGAGCCCAAUGGCACGGUUCAUUCCUGCUGCUUGGACUCUAUUGCAUUGAAAGUCACCAUCAGUGUGGUCCUCACUACCCUCAUCUUCAUCACCGUUGCCGGCAAUGUGGUCGUCUGCCUGGCUGUCAGCUUGAAUCGUCGGCUCCGCAGUCUGACCAAUUGCUUCAUCGUGUCCCUGGCAGCCACUGACCUGCUUCUUGGCCUCCUGGUGAUGCCCUUCUCUGCCAUUUACCAGCUGUCCUUCAAGUGGAGCUUUGGCCAGGUCUUCUGCAACAUCUACACCAGCCUGGAUGUGAUGCUCUGCACAGCUUCCAUCCUCAACCUCUUCAUGAUCAGCUUGGACCGCUACUGCGCCGUCACGGUGCCACUGCGGUACCCCGUGUUGGUCACCCCUGUUCGCGUUGCCAUCUCUUUGGUCUUUAUUUGGGUCAUUUCCAUCACCCUAUCCUUCCUCUCUAUUCACCUAGGAUGGAACAGCAGAAAUGGGACCAGAGGGGGCAAUGACACCUUCAAGUGCAAAGUGCAGGUCAACGAGGUAUAUGGACUAGUGGAUGGGCUGGUCACCUUCUACCUGCCUCUUCUCAUCAUGUGUGUCACCUACUACAGAAUCUUUAAGAUUGCCAGGGAGCAGGCCAAAAGGAUCAACCACAUCAGCUCCUGGAAGGCAGCCACCAUCAGAGAGCACAAAGCCACCGUGACGCUGGCGGCCGUCAUGGGAGCGUUCAUCGUCUGCUGGUUUCCUUACUUCACUGCCUUCGUUUACCGUGGGCUGAGAGGGGAUGACGCCGUGAAUGAGGUGGUCGAGGGUAUCGUCCUGUGGUUGGGCUAUGCCAAUUCAGCCCUGAACCCCAUCCUGUACGCCACCCUCAACAGAGACUUCCGCACAGCCUACCAACAGCUCUUCCACUGCAAGCUUGCAAGCCACAACUCUCACAAAACUUCCCUGAGGUUGAACAACUCUCUGCUGUCCAGGAGCCAAAGCCGAGAAGGUAGAUGGCAGGAGGAGCCCCUGAAGCUUCAGGUGUGGAGUGGGACAGAACUCACACACACCCAGGGAAGCCCAGUCAGGAAAACAGCACUGUCUUGCACCAUAUGCUCCAAUAACCUCCUAAGCUGCUGCAAGAGCCUGUGGAGGCUUCGUUUCCUCCAGCAACACCCAGAAGGACCCUCAAAGGAACAACUGGGGGAGCCACUGUCUGAAGAGACAGGAAGGACACCAUCGCAGGAAGGAAUGGGGCUGUUGUCCUAUAAGGCUGUCUAGCUCCUGCCAGGGAUGCCAAGAUGCUGGCCUUAUCACUUGGAUCUCCUUUCCGGAGCCCCUGUAGACCAAGCCCCAGCAAACCACUGAGGACAAACUUCAGCCUGAGCCUGGAGGCUCACAGAACACACAAAACAUCUUUCCUGGGAGCAGAUUCCAAACAGGUACUUAGGCUUAUUUAGGCUGAAUUCCUUGGAUUCAAAGCUCACGUUGGUGCUGGCCCUAGGAGUCAUGAGCAGAGAGAGCAGGACAGAGAUGUAUACACAGGUGUGCAUGGACGUGCUUCUGUAGAAAACAUGCACAUCUGCCGAGCAGGGCAAAGGAUGCUACUGUAAAGCACUGGCCUUGCUUCCCUGCGGGGUCUCAAUAUGAGCAGAAAAGAAGAGAAGGGGAUGGAAGAGAAGGAAGAGGAGUAAAAUUGCCCUCCACGAACACCUAACUAAGUCCCAGAUACUUUGCCUACACAGGCUCUCAUAGUUUAUAUACAUAUGCUUAGUGUAAGCAUCACUAUCCAGACUUUACAGAGAUGGAAACUGAGAGUCAGGAUAGUGUGGAAUGUACCUCAGGCCACUCAGUCAGAAAAUGUGUCUGGGAUUGAGGUACUCAGAAAGUACUUGGUGGGUGAAUGGAUGUGUGGGAAGAUGGGUAGAUGGAUGGACAGAUGGAUGG